AUGAAGGCAUUGUCGGCUGCUAAAACCUCCAUCCAGCGGUUAGCAGAUAGCAGCAAUGGCGCAGUAACUUGGCUUGUUGUCCAGGACUUCCAGGUCCUCGCAAGCAGCUACGACGUCAACAGCAGCGGCAGAAGGUAG